CACAGGCUCUCUCCCGAAUUUCUCUCCACCCCCACCCGCGGCAGGACCCCCCCCCUCCCCGCCGGAGACUCCCCGAAAUGCCAGGUCCCCCCGGCGGGGUCACAGCCGAGAUCGCGCAAACGCUGCCGGGCAGCUGGGGGAGUCCCCCGGGCCAGCACACGUCCUUUCCCGAAGGUGACUCUGGGUGCUGUGGCAAUACUGAGCACGUGGACAGAAAUGGGGGCGUUUCCUCCCGGCCCGUGGCCGACCUCUGUGCAGACCUCCACCUUCGGCUUCCCGGCCUCGCCCACAAUGAACCCUGCCGUCAUGAGAGUCGGCUCUUUGACAUCUGUUACAAAAUGCAAACCCCGGCGGCCCGAGUCCCCAGUCUGUGGCGACCUCUGAAGCCCUGCCUUCCGGAGCCGGGCUCCUCCGUGCCCCAGGUGCUGUUUUUCAACCCAAAUCUUCUGACCAGGAAUGAUACGACUUUCAAAAAAAGAUGCCAACAGGUAAUUUCUUAUCAUGAAGAACCCUGUGGCCCCAGUCACAAGUCGUUUUGCCUAAAUGGGGGGAUUUGUUAUGUGAUACCCACUAUUCCCAGCCCAUUUUGUAGAUGUAUUGAGAAUUAUACAGGAGCCCGGUGUGAAGAGGUCUACCUUCCUAGCACCAAGACCCAAAGUGAGAGUGAGCCGUUUGCAGCUUUGUUGACCGUUGCCCUGCUCCUGGGAGUACUGACCCUUGGAGCUGUCUACUUCCUUUGCAGAACAUGGAGAAAACUGAAGAAGCACCAGCCAAGUGAACCAAGAUAUUACAUCCAAGCUGCAGGGGAAAUAAAGGAAGCCACAGAAGGUAUAGGAUGGGUUUCAUCAAGGCAGAUCCUGAGCCAAUCUGCAAGUGCUUCAAAAACAAGAGCUGACUGCAUCUAGUCUUCUGCUUUUCUUCAAGUGUUUGUGACCACGUGUAUCCAUCUGUAAAAAUGACACUUCACUGCAACAUUUUAGCCAAGGACAUCUGGUGGACACCCAAACCCACAUAAAUUCAGUUUUAUCCUUCUGGAAGUUUUCUUCAGGUUUCCCGCCACCUUGCCCUCAGCAUCGGUCAUAACUUGCUUUCUGUACUGUAUCCCUUUUCAUUAUGCUGGAUGGCCUAAAUUCAGAUUUCUGAUCUUACUGCAAGUUCAAGCUGAGACUCAAGAGGAUUGGGAGGAAGGGAAGACUCCCAUCUAUUAAGAGUCACUUAGAGGGCUUGGUCUUUGGGGGAGGGGAGUAAUGGUAGAAAAUUCCCAUUUGCCUAAUAACUCAUUUCUCCAAUUCAUUGUUUCUAAAUAUUUUCUUUAGUGCAGCUCUUGGAAACAGGACAUACCUGUAGCCCCAUUUGACAGAGGGCUCAGUGUUGACUUGUCCAAGACCAUAUGCAGUUAAUGACAAAGCAAGGACUUAAAGCUCUUUUCUGAUUCCGAGUUCAGGGCUCUGACUGCUCCCUGAUAGGGCUUUGGAUGAUGGUGUUAUGGAGGUCCCGUCAACGAGGCUAUAGUGUAAUCAGGUCAUGAAAAACAAUUCAACCCAGUAGCCUUUGGGAAGAAAACCCUCAAGUGAAAAAGUAGCUGAAUGGAUGAGUCUUAAGUAACCAACAGCCCAACAGAACAGCCGGCACCGUGGGAGCCCGAGGCUUCACUCCUGCAAAAAGUAUUCAGUGAUGUCCUCGCUUUGCCUUCUUCACAUGCUCUAUCCAUGGGUACGAUGCCAUUUUGGCUUCUGAUUUCAAAAGCGACAUAGGCUUGGGCUAAACCUAAGCCCAAGGUUCCUGGAGACCUUCCAAACCCACCUCAUUUGACAGAUGGGGCCAAUAAAAACAGUUCAUUCGUUAUGGCCAGGUUCAAAAUGGGGCAGAAGGUGUAACUAUGACUAGUAUGAGUCACACAGAGCUGAUUCUCAAGCCCUCUGAUCUGGAGUCCAGGGCUCUUGUCACCUCCUCUGUCUUCUUUCUCUAUUUGUCUGCAAUUUCUUAACAUGUACUCUCUUGUGAUAAGUGGUGUCUUAUUUUUUAGCUGAGACCAUAGUAGUUAUUCCUUUAUUGGUGGUCUUUCUUAUCUAAACUAAUCCUAGCUUGAAACCAAAUGUUACAUAACCAUUGAACUCCAGGGACAAUAUCUCUCAGAAGCAGAUGGACAAUGAGAACAUUCUCCAGAAAGCUCAUUUUCUUUUCAACUCAGCUUCUUUAACAAUCCUUUUGGCCUUGAGACAAGAUUGUAAACAUAAGAUGUUUGAUCUCAGAUGGAAAAGAAUCCUCUGAAUAAUCCUACUGGAACAGCGGAAUGAAGAUCCCUUGGGAAAUGCCCCCAAACUCUUCAUAUGUGCUGAUUUGUAUAAAUAUAAUGACCAAUUCAAUUCUUGGCCUUAUUCCUGGUAUAGAACUUUCUAGGUAAUACAAUCUGCUUAGGUUGAGGGGUUGAAUUUUAUGAAAAUGUAUUCAUCUGAUGAAGCAAAAAGACAAAAAGGUCAGGGGAGAUAUGUGGUUGUGGAGUACUUGCUUUUGGGUGUAGAACAAAUUUAGCAGAACCAUCAUCAUAAAGAAUACAGAAAAUUAGCAAAGCUAAAAGCUAAUUGAUCCAUAGAGUUAGUUACUGCAGAAGCCAGCAUCUACAUAUUAAGUUAACUCCAAACCCACUUCGAAGAAUCUGAGCUAGAAGGGAAAAGGGACCAGUGGUCAUCCAGUCCUCACUCAAACACUGUCAGUGGUGUACAACUUGCUACCCUAACAAGGCAGUCCAUUCCACUUGUGGAGAGUUCAUGUAAAGUUUUUUCUUUCUUGGUUUAAUUUAAAAGCAGCUUCCCCAACUCCCUCUCCUGCUGCAAGUUCUGCCUUUUAAAUCCAAGUGGAACAUGUGACAACCCUGUUCAAAUCUGCAAACUGUCAAGUGAUUUCCCCUUAAGUGUCUUCUUCUCUUCAGUUAAUACUCACAGGCGACAUCUCUCCUAAUGAGCUCAUCUGUCAGUGUCCUUCAAGAUGUGGGACCUAGAACUGAAUGUGAUAUUUGGGUCUGAGCCGAGCUGCCUCUAUUCCAGAAAGGCAGCUCUUUAGGUCCCACAUAACACUAAAACAUCAAGGAAUGGCCCAGACCUAUUUUAAUCAAAGAGGCUAGGACCCCUAGGAGAAAAUAAAACAGUUCUUUAGGGUUCAGAAGGAGGAAUCUUGUCAGUCUAGUGUGAACCCAUCAUUAAUAGUCACAAAGUUGAACUGAUUUGCUCAAGCCUGCUCACACAGGCUGGGGAAAAGAGUGACAAGAUGAGCACUUCCUUUCUUUGGUACGCUGCCUCUUGCUGGUACUGUCCAUAACCAUGGCUUUGCUGCUGCUUAGUGUUUUGGUGCAAGCCUUGGGUAUUAAUCCCCCCCUUUCUCCCUAACGGCUUAUACCAUCUACCCGCAAAGUUGUCAUAUCUAUAUCCAAGAACAAAAGUGAGAACAGUGAAUUUACUCUCAGGUGCCUGCCAUUCAGCUACAAAAAAAAGGGGAACAAAAAAGAGUUACUUGUGUUUUCUUUAUUGACAAAUGGAAAGGAAUAGCUUUAAAUGUAUAAAGUAAUACUGCUGAUUAGUCUUGCAAACUUGUUCUUCAGACUGAAUAAUUUCAAAGCACCAACUACCACCACAAAAUAUUUUAUUUUAACUUUUAUGCAAUGAGUAAAAAUAAUGUAAUAACUUUAUUAAAGUGUCUGAAAAACAGGUGCGGUUGAGAAAAGGUCUCCCUUAAGGAGACAACAGACCAAUGUAUGUUUUUGAAGAAAACAAAAAACGUCAUGAUUGUGGCUCCAA